CAUUCACAAACCCGUCAGGAAGGCCACCGAACACGGGCUAAUCGUGAAGUUUUCCACUUACCAUGAGGGCAGGAAAAGAGGAAAAUGCCUAUGAGAAUGUGACCAGAGUAAUUCCGAGUCGGCAGCUUGGGGAAGGAAAACUACUUGAGACAUCUCAGAAGAGAGAGGUCAUCAUCCGUGUUGUACUUAUACUGCUGAGUCUUUCCCUCGGUGCUUCCUUUGUUACAAUGACCAUUAUGUAUCACCGAGAGCUCAGGGAGAAACACCAAGUUGCAGAAGCAUUUCAGAAAAUCAAAGUCUCUUUGAAGCUUCGCAACGUAUCUUAUUCAUCAGCCCUGGAACAAAAUGGCCUCCCGUUACUGGACCAGCUGCAGCUGUUAAUGGAGGAAGUCGGCACAUCUUGCACCACGAUGCGGAAGCAGUACAGUGACGUGCUGACAAAGCUCCCCAGGGGCUGGAGGUUUUACGGUGGGAACCUCUAUUACUUUUCACAAGAAAAAAAGUCAUGGGAUGAGGCCGAGCGGUUCUGUGUGUCUCAGGAUUUGCACCUGACCUCUGUCUCCUCCCAGGCAGAACAGGAGUUUCUCUCCAAGGAGACCAAGGGAGAAGAUCACUGGAUUGGACUCACCGACCGGGGGACAGAAGGCAGCUGGCGCUGGGUGGAUGGCACAGAAUACAGAGAAGACACAAGCAGGGGGUUCUGGGAGGAGAAUCAGCCAGACAACUGGGAUCAGGGGAUAGGCAGCAGAGAAGACUGUGUUCACAUCCAUCCACGCAACGGGAAUUUGUGGAAUGAUGCGAACUGCGCUCUGCCUUCUAGGUGGAUUUGUAAGCAGGCCCAUGGACUGGCUGGGCUGUGAUAUGCAGGUCCCAGUAUCUCAGAAAGCACCUGAAUUUCCAAGCUAUGGAGCAUGUUUUCCAGACACCUGCCGAUGAGGAGCCCUGUGCACUGGAGGGGGCCGUAUGGGAUGUGCAUUGCAGGGACGCUUUGUCCUGCUGUGAUAUUUCUGGCUGUAGCAGAGACAGCUGCCUUAUGCCGCUCAGUGUGCCUGGCUCUGUAAUUUGUAUGUUUCCAGGUCUGUCACUGAAUAAAGUCCUUGGAUCAUGGA